AUAUUAAUAAAAUUUCUGAUAAUAACAUUGUGUGUCUAUGAGACAAUAUAUCAUUUGAAGCUAACGUAGGCAAAGAAGUACACGCCAAGAAGCAAAGAGACAAAAUUUUGUUCUCAAUACCAUGACCCAGUUUUUCAUUCCUUAUAACUUAUAUUUUUGUCUUUUAAUUUGUCUCAAGUACUAUAGGAAGUUGCAUUCUCCUUUCAUGCCAUUCGUUUACAAUAAUGUAAGGAUGAAAAGCAGGCCUUAGUAUGUACCCCACUUCACAUAUAUAUAAUUUCCCUAUGUUGACCAUCUAGCUAUUAAUUCCCUAUAGUAUGUACUAUUACUUACUUCAUCAUUGCAUAAUUAUUAUUACUUGAAAAUUAAGUUGAAAUUACUAAUCUUUGAAUGGAGUCUGAUCAACAUGAUAAAGGUGGUGAUGAUCAAGAUGCAAAACAAGUAAACCCUAGAUCCUAUGAGUGCAAUUUUUGCAAGAGAGGAUUCUCUAAUGCACAAGCUCUUGGUGGACACAUGAAUAUUCAUAGGAAAGAUAAAGCAAAGCUCAAACAACAAUCUUCAACAAAUUACCAAACUCAAUUACCAUCUAAUUUGGAGGGAAGUUCUAGUGAAGACCUCAACAAAUUAUUACCAAACUUGAAUACUAAUAUUGUGUCUCAACAAGCCCCUUCAAGAGGUGAUGAAAUUCUUGUAACUCAAGUGAGACAACAACUUCCACUUUUUGCUGAAUCACCAACUAGAAAUGAAACACAAAUUAAUCCACAAGGUCAAGUUCAAAGGGAAAUUAUUACUACACAAGAGGCUUUGUUAUUAUCUGCUCAAGAUUCUUCAUCGGAGUUAGACCUUGAACUAAGAUUAGGGCCUGAGCCACAUGAUUCAUCAAAGCCAACGGGUACCAGAAAAUUCUUUUAAUGACUUUCAAUGCAUAAAUUUAAUUAUUUAAUUUUUGUACAUGCCCAAGAAACUUUUUUUUUUCUUGGUGAAAAUAAUUCAUUGUUUGAUUAUUUGUUCUGAAAUAUACAAAUUAAUUAAUUACAAGCAUUCUUUUGUAUUGUAUUGUUAAGUUGGAUCAAAGUUUACUACUUUUGAUUAUUUUGUUUUGGGUACAACAGUU